AUGGUGAACUGGUCAUUCAGCAGCUUGGCUGGCCUUGGGGCGACGAAAAGCUCCCAGUUUUGGAUAUGGGGGAUGUUUGAGAAGGUGGGUGUGCCCGGAACCACAUUGGAGCAAUUCUUCAAGGUUCUCUCUUGGAGCCUGUACUGGCUCUGGAUGGGAGUUUGGCCCGAGACGGACGUCAACGGCGAACCGUUUCCUGUGGGCAGCCACGAAAGGCACAUGGCCGGCCGCCCUUUGGCAGAAGGGUGGUUCGCCUGCUUGUGGGCUUUGAUAGGCGACUUGGAAUACCUAUCAUCCAUAUUGAGCCUUCCGAGCCACAACAAUGCGAAAAAUUGCUGUGCUUUAUGUAAAGCCGGCUUGACCGGUAGCAAUACUUGGUCAGAUUUUCGCCCAACAGCUGGCUGGCGGGCUCAUCAGUGGACCUACGAGAGCUGGAGAUCAUGGCCGGGCCGAUCACGAAACCAGCUUUUUACCUUGCCUGGAGUAAGUGCCUUGAACGUCCAUCUGGAUUGGAUGCAUUCAAAAUAUUUAGGCAUCGACCAGUUUACUUUCGGGAGUUGCCUGGCUUUACUCACUUGCACCGGCAUGGUGCCCGGCAGCGAACAGGCUGCCCUGGACACAUGCUGGAAGUUCAUCCAGGAUUUCUACAGAGAGCACAAAACGAAAGUUCGUUUUGGUUACCUGAAUCGACUUUCGAUGUUUCUGCGGCAAUCUGGGUGCCCCAAACUUCGGGGAAAAGCUGCUGAAAUCAAACACUUUGUGUACCCUCUGUUAUCUCUCUGGGAACUUUAUAUGAACUCCGGCCUGAAGCUCCACCGGCAAAUACGUUUGAUGCUGAAAGCAAAUGCCCACUUGGAAGAUUUGCUGACCCUGUACGAGCAGGACGUGGCUUUCCCACCGCCCGUGGCAGAUGACUUUGAAGACACUUGCUGCACUAUGCUUUGCCUUCACGGGCAGAUCGCUUCGCACUUUGCCGAGGAGGGAACGGACCUGUUCAACCUCACGGGCAAAGCCCACAUGGUUCAGCAUAUAUCCCUGCUUGCACGAUGCAUUUCACCGCGGCAGGCGACCGGACUUGCACUCAGUGCUUUUCCUCCUCCCGCUGCUGUGGGCAAAGUUUUUUUCUUGGUGUAG